AUGACUGAUGUAGUGGAGGCAAUGGUGGUGGCGAUAGACGGUGGUGGAGGAGGAGGUACAGUCUACCAGUGGCGGCUACAAGUGGUGGUGGAGGAGGUAGAUAUGACUAAUGUAGUGGAGGUAGUGGUGGUGGAAGAGGAGGUACAGGUGAAUGUUGAUGAUGAUGGAGAUCGAGAUGGAGAUGGAGAUGGAGAUGGAGCUGAAAGGGAAGAUGUUACAUCACCAAGAGUCACGGCUCCGAGAUUUACGAGAACAGCGAGCACUGGUUUUUUGCCUAGCUCUUUGCCGAAAACGACAAGCCAGCGAAGGAGCAAGACUCCGGGCCGGCUCAGACCCGUGAAUAGUCUGCUACGAAGCUUUAGCAAGAAGGGCAUGGAUUCAAACUCGUUUCAUGCUGGUCACGUGGACAGAUCGUCUUCUGUUUCGAGACGGCACAGCUCGACCAUCGUGUAUUCCAAUGCUAAUGGACUCCGCAAACCUCCCGAUAUGGUGAAGCGACUUGAGUGCACCCUCGAAGAUCUGUGCUUUGGCUGCAUCAAGAAUGUCAAGAUCAAACGUGAUGUACUUACAAGCGAAGGGCAAAUAAUACAAGAAGACGAAGUGCUAACGAUAAAAGUGAAGCCAGGAUGGAAGAAAGGAACGAAAAUUACCUUCGAGGGUAUGGGAAACGAGACGCCAGGCACCUGUGCUGCAGAUAUCACGUUUGUGGUUGACGAGAAACGACACCCUGUGUUUAAAAGAAAAGGGGAUGAUUUAGAAGUAGCCGUUGAACUUCCGUUAGUAGACGCCCUGACUGGUUGCACGCUCACCAUUCCUUUUCUAGACGGGCAGCAAUCAUGUUUACUAAUCGAGGACGUCAUUACCCCUGGUUGCAGAAAGAGCAUUGUAGGACAAGGCAUGACAUUGCCAACAGAAGAAGCAAAAAGAGGAAACCUAAACAUCAAAUUCUCGGUUCAGUUUCCACAGCAACUGACAGAAGAACAACGAUCAGAGUGUUUCAAUAUCUUACAAGAUUCAUACUAA